UUUAAAAAAUAUAUAAAUAUGAUUGAUCGCUCUGACUGACCAAUAAAAAUGGCUCCAGUAAGUCCCGCCCUUCGGAAGAGGAUUGACGUCAGGAUUCCCCGCCCUGCUGCUUCCUCUUUCACAGUGGCCGUCGGCGAGAGACACCAUGAAGGCGUCUGGCACACUUCGGGAGUAUAAGGUUGUUGGGCGUCUGUUGCCCUCCGCUAAAAACCCCACACCCCCUCUGUACCGCAUGAGGAUCUUCGCCCCAAACCAUGUGGUGGCCAAGUCUCGCUUCUGGUACUUCGUCUCCCAGCUGAGGAAGAUGAAGAAAGCCAACGGAGAGACCGUCUACUGCGGCCUGGUCUAUGAGAAAACCCCUCUCAAGGUGAAAAAUUUCGGCAUCUGGCUGCGUUACGACUCCCGCAGUGGGACCCACAACAUGUACCGCGAGUACAGAGACCUGACCACAUCUGGAGCCGUCACUCAGUGCUAUCGUGACAUGGGUGCCAGGCAUCGUGCCCGCGCUCACUCCAUCCAGAUCAUGAAGGUGCAGGUCAUCCCAGCCAACAAAUGCCGCAGACCCGCCAUCAAGCAGUUCCACGACUCCAAGAUCAAGUUCCCUCUUCCUCACAGGGUUCUGCGCCGCCAGCACAAGCCCCGCUUCACCACCAAGAGACCAAACACUUUCUUUUAAAGUGUAUGUUUGUGCUUUUCACAUUACAGACGAAUUAAAAGUGGAGAAAAUCA